UCGUGCAGUUCAGUCGUCUGUUACGUUCAAUCGCACGCCACAGCGUGAAACAAAGAAAGAUCGCAUUGACUAUAGUGACUUGUGAAAAGAAUCAGUUUUACUUCUUUAAUAGUGUACUUUUGAGUGAUCGUGCAGAACUAUGUCUGACUGUAAUUCCGAACCAAACUAUGAUAGCCCAUAUGAAGACGAACCAACCUCCGACUACGAAUCCGAAGACAUGGAUUACUGUGGCCAAACAUAUCUGGAAAAAUUAAAAAGCUUACGACAAGCGGUCGAUUGGGAUAUCGAAGCAGGGAGAUACCCAUUUUUUCGUCGUCUCACGAACUUGAUUCAUAAGUGGAAUGGCCAACUUCCAAAUCUUCGAGAGAUUUUUAGGCCCGACGAAAUUGAUUGGCUUCUCAUAGAGCCCACUGUGCAUAGGGAGCUUGCCGUAUAUAAUCGAGGAAGAUUAUUAAUUGACUUUGUGAUCAGCACCGGCUACAAGGAUGAGCCCAAAGUUGAUGAAGAUGGCAAGCCAAUAUUGCGUCGCACUACGGCAGUGCACUGCACAGCCAGACACGAGUGGAGAGACUCAAUCCCUAAACUUUUUGAAAUAUACGACAAAUUCAACGUGAAUUACGAGGACGGCGAAGGUUACACGCAUUUUCACGUGGCCUGCGAGUUUGGCUGUGACGAUGUAGUUGAGAAAUUCCUCGAAUUCGGACAGGAUCCCAAUUGCAUUCCACGACAACCUAACGUCGAUCCGCCGCUACACUUGGCUCUGAAAAAGUACGAUAACAAGAAGGUGGUCGAAUUGCUGCUGAGAAGCGGCGCCGACCCGAAUUCAACAGAUAUGAAUGGAGAGACACCGCUGCACCAUAUGUAUAGUGAUGAGAUCGCGGAGAUAUUUUUUAAAAUUGUCGAAGAAAACGACCAUCGUCUUCAGCCGGUGCAAGUCGAUAUCCGGGAUAGGUACGGUUAUACACCGCUGCACCUGGCUUUGUAUAAUAAUAGAAUAAAUUUGGCACAAUUAUUACUAAAUAAAGGCGCCGAUCCGAGCUUAACCGAUGAGGAGGGCCUGACUUCUCUUCAUAUUAUUGUUGACAUUUCAAACUAUGCCAACAGGGAUGAGGCCAUACAAUUGGCAACUAUGUUAUUCGAAGUCAGCAACGACAAAGGUAAGACAGUGCAGGUAGAUGCCGUCGACAAGGAGGGCCGGACACCGCUGCAAGUAGCUCUGGCAUAUGACAACAUAAAGAUGGUCGAAUUUCUGCUGAGGCGAGGUGCCAAUCCGAACUUGGCCGAUACAGAGGGAUUGACUCCUCUGCAUAUAAUUUGCAAAAAAUUCCAUAAUGAACCGGAAGAACUUUUGAAGACAUUCUUCGAGAUCAACGACGAACUCAAUCAACUGGUACAUGUCGACGUCCGAGACAAUUCGGGCCUGACACCGCUGCAAUGGGGCGUGGCGAAUCAUUGGAUGAAUGUGACCAACUUGCUCUUGGAUCAUGGUGCUGGUCCGUCGAACCUCGUUUCUCUCACUGAGAGUCGUUUUACCGAGUAUAUUGAGUUGCUUCGACGCAAAUGGAAUUUUUCUAAUAUGAAACUUGUGUUCUUUAUUCUGUCUAUCGUCGAGUAUCACGCCAAAAAAGGAUACGAAUUGGAACUAAGCGAAGCUCUUACGAUCAUGAAGAUAUUCGGUGAGUUCAAAUUGUUCAAUGAGUCGGUGAAUAUUGAAAUCUAUCUGCUCACCGACAGGGAAUUCUUAAGUAAAGCAAAAAAAGAAUUACUGAUCAAGCCGAACGUAUCGUUCUACGAUUUGAUUCGGAUGCGACCCGAAGAAGCGACGAAAUUAUUAACUAUUGCGGACUUUUUGUCGUUUGUGCGCUCGAAUGGAGAAUGGAGGUUCGACAGAUAUGAUUACGAGUUCCGAAUAAAGUAUCGCGACGCGUGCAAAACCUACCUGUGCGAGAUAAUGGCGAGAGGAUUUUUACAGCAGUGGAUACUCGACUUUUUCUUGGCGCUCACGCAAUACCGACUGCCGAUUCUCUGCUGUGAAAAGAUCAUCGGGAAACUGAACAUCGAAGAUUUGUGGCGUGUUUGCUUGGCAGCCCCGUGUAAAUGCUACGCAGGUUCUACGUGACUUUUGUGACCGUUGAGUCGGAUAUGACGAUAAAAUAGAUGAUAAAAUUUAUAAGCUAACAGCAAUAAUUGAGUUUAUUUAAGUAUACUGUCAAAUCAAAUGCAA